AUGGAAUAUGAAUUGAACAAUAAUCAAAACCAUACUGUUGGUGCUUUAAGAAAUUUGAUCAAAGAAUUAACAUCAAAAAAUGUCUCAAUUCUACAAAUUGCAAAUGAUAAAACUGGUGUUAUUAGUUUAAAUGAAAAAGAUUGUCUAUGGAUUGAACAACUAUCUCAAGCAAGUCUUAUAAACAAUGAAGAACAAUACUUCAUAACAUCAAAUUCACGAUUAAUAUUUGAUUUUGUUUAUAUUCAAUCGCAGAUUAUUCGAACAUAUCUUCUAUUUUGUCGUAUUAACUAUCAUCAUAUUAUUCAAAAAUAUCAAUAUCAUACAAAAAAAAUACAAACAACAACAAAUAUCGAAUGUUUAGAACUCGAUGAAAAAUAUUUAAUUCGUCUAAAUGAUGAACAACUUGAAAAUGAAUGGAAUCAUUUGAAAAAUAUUUUAUUUGAUAAACUUUAUUAUGCUUAUAAUCUUCUAAGACAAAUAGCCUUAACAUUAAAACAUCAUUCGAAUAAUUUAUCAUCAAUCUAUCUCUUUGAAUAUGUUAGAAUGACUGAUAAUGAUAAUAAUAUUCAUCAACAAUUAGAACAAUAUGAAAUAAAAAAUUUUCAAUUAUGUUAUAUAGAUCAUGUAAUACAACUCUAUGCAGAAUCUAUUAGUGGAUUUCAAUAUUUAUUUACAGACAUACAACCUUUACUUCGAGUUCCAAUUGAUACACAAUUAAAUGAAGCACUCAUUCAAAAAUUUAAUGAAAACUUAUCUCUUAUGAAUUAUACAAAUGAUAUUGAAAAAAUUCAAUUAAUAAUUCAAACAAUUACAGAAUAUCUUAAUGAAUUAAAAACUAUUGAAGAUAUUCUUUUACAACAAUCUACACAAUCACUAAUUGAAACAUGUCAACAUUUAGCAAUUGAUAAUCUUAUUGUUUCGUGGAUACCAUCUAGAAUAAAAUGUGAAAAUUAUGUUGAUCUUUGUAUUUAUUUAAUUCAUACAAGAUCAAUGCUUCAAGAAAGAAAAUUUAAUUUCGAACAACAACAAAUGAAUUUAUGGGCUGAAAAUUUUAAUUAUGAUGAAGAAUAUGAUAAACAAAGAAAUCGUUUUCAUCAAUAUUUAAAUUCACAAUAUGAUGAGGAAUCGACAUUUGAAACAGAACAAAAUAUAAAUGAAUCAAAUAAUUGGAAACUUCCUGUAAUGAAUCCAGAAGAAUUAACAAAUGAAAAUAAUUUAUUUGAUUUCGAUCAACAACAAAUAAAACCGAAAAAUAUUGAAUAUCUAUCUUUGAUGACAUUAAAUAUAAAAUCAGUUCCAUGUACAUCAUCAGUAUUUAUUCAACAAAUACAUCAAUAUCGAAUAGAAUCAUCAAUAGAAUCAAUUAUUAUAAAUAAAGUACAAAAAUUUACUAUUGUACAUCCAAAUGGAGAAUCAAAAACAUAUUUGUGGAAAAGUGAAAAUUUUUUUGAUCAAUUAAAAAAAUUAUUUCUUGAGAAAAAAUAUGAUCAUAAUUUAUUUGUUAUUGUUACUAAAAAUGGAGUAUUUAUUGAUUUUACAAACAAUAAUUAUUUUCGAUCAUAUCAAUCACUUUUAGAAUAUCAUAUUAUUGAAAAACAAUGUUUAAUUCAAAUUCAAUUUCAUUAUCGAACACAAAUUUAUGAAUAUUUAAUUACAUCGAAAUGUAAUAUUUCAACUAUAAUUCAUCAUUUUAUUAAUGAUAAACAACUCAAAUCUUUAUCAUCUGAUAUUAUUCUUUGUUUCUUUAAUGAAUAUGGGAAAUGUAUUAACGAUGGAAUCAUCAGUGAUCUUUGCAAAACCGAUCAAAAGAUAGUUUCAAUUUUAGUAACGGAAGAAUCAUCAAAUACUAGUAUUCUAUAUGAAAUGAUUUUACAAUACAAUAAAGGUAAUCAAAAGAAAAACUAUUGCUAA